AUGAGGGUCUCGCUGCUCGCUGCUGCUGCAUUAAUGCUUCAGGAUGUUCGUGCCGAAACUACCAUCCUUCCUCAGCUCCAGUCCGUGGACAUCUUCUAUCAGCCUAUGAGAUCUCUCCCAGAUGACAAAAGUUCUCUUCUCGCUUCUGUAAAGUACAACGUAUCGAACCUCGAAAGCACCGUAUUAUCCUAUUCACCCCCAGCUACUAGUGACACCACAACGGAGCGCGGGACAUCGCACCCUCUCUUCCGUAUCUCUACAAACACACCUGAUGGCUCAACAACCGUUACCAGCCUCUCUACAUUCAGUCCUACAUACACGCAAACACUUACCCUCCAUCUCAGAGACGACGACUUAGUCCUCGCUGCAUCUAUUUCAGCCGAGCCUCUCGUUCCAUCUCGACCUACCCCACAGGACCCAAAAACGACUCUGAAAGUUGUGGUUGUCCGGCCACAGCCUGGUCCUACGCCGAAACUCAACGUACGAAAGCCUGUGGUGGUUGGCGCUGACGGGAAGGAAGUACCGCAGGAACCGGAGGCGGAGAAAACGUUCUUCCAGAAGUAUUGGUGGGCGUUUGCACUUGUGGCUGUACUUGCUCUCGCUGGAGGUGGGGACAAGUAA